UUCUCCCUUUCUCAGCCUCACUCUUACUCUCAGUCCACCUCGCCCUUCAUCAGCUUCCGAGCGUUCACGUCUCUGCUGCGCCUUGCUCUUCUGCUCGUCUCCUUAAAGCUCCUCUAACACCUAUUCUUUGUAUUCUCCUUCUCUUCAACCUCCUGCCACAACGAUGAAGUUCUUGGCCCUCUGCAUGGUGGUGCUGGCGGUGGCGUGCUUUGCCCUGGCCGCCCCCGAGCCCGGCUUCAGAAGUUUCGGCCACGGCUCGCGCGGGUUCGGCUUCGGGCACGGCUUUGGCCACGGGUUCGGGCACGGGUUCGGAGGCGGGUUCGGACACGGCUUCGGCGGGUUCAGGAGAGGCUUCGGGCACGGCUUCGGACGCGGGUUUGGCGGUUUCGGACAUGGUGGUGGAUAUGGCUGGUGAGUGGACAGCUGAACACUCCACAAGACUCCCAACCUCGCCCUCUCCUUCCCUGUCCUCCUCCUCCUGAACCUCGUCACCUUCCUCGGUUAGUUAGUGUGUACCUGUUACCUGUAGUUAGCGAGCAUGUACCUGUUAUGUCUUAAUUAGCAAGCACUUACCUGACCUGUGUAUUAAGCGAGCUCGUACCUGUCAUGCCUAGUUGACAAGUACGUUCCUGUUGUGUGGUUAGGAAACGAGUAUUUUACCUGUAGUUAGCGAGCAAGUACUUGUUAUAUGUGGUUUGCAAGCGAGUAGUAACCUUGUACUUCACGUGUCUUCAGUAAUUUCAAAAGACGAGGAUGUAAUAUAAUAAAAUCGAAACCCUC